GCCACCCUGAAGUUUCUGGUGGUGCUCCUGGCCGCAGGGAUGCUGGCUUUCCUUGGUGCAAUCAUUUGCAUCAUCGCGACCGUCUUCCCUGCGGCCAACAGCGGCAGAGCUCUCCAAGGUGCCGACAAUGGCUCCAACGCCGCGGCCGCUGCCCUGCUGCCCGCCGCCGCCGCCCCGGCGGACAAGACGCUGGGCGCUCUCCAUGGUGCUGGCGAGAAUCCCUACGGGGGGUUCUCGGCAGGCCCCCAGGACUCGCUGCUGGACCUGCUGGCCAGCGCCCGGCCACAGCAGCACCAGCAGCUCUUCAGCCGCUUCCUGUGCACCCCGCUGACGGUGGAGUGCCCAUCGGAAGGAAGCCCCCAGGGGGACAGCCCGGGCGCGGCAGCGGCAGCCAGCGAGGAGCUCUUCUUCCUGCAAAGCACGGCUGAGCAGCUCAGGCAGACGGCCCAGCAGCAGAAAGAGCAGAUCCUCACGGACCAGGAGACCAUCCGGGAGCUGACCACCAAACUGAGCCAGUGCGAGAACGGGCUGGAGCUGAGUUUCCAGGAUAGCCCUGCGGUCUGGGGUGACCACAGGCAAGACACCAUGGGUGAUCUACCCUGGGACUCGCCGGCCAUGAUCCAAGAACUCGAGGAGGCCGUCAGGGUGCUGAAAGACAGGAUCGACAAGAUUGAGCAGGAUAUCCCAGCCCGAAUAAAUGCUUCUUCUACUUCUGCCCCUAUGGCAACACAAGAAACAGUCCACAGCAAGAUGGAGGAACUGGAGGAGCAAAUCCUCUCCAAGAUUUUAGCCCUGGAGAAAGAACGCUUAUCCAUCACCAACAACCGUGAAGUGCAGCAGCAAGAGGUGGAAAAGGAGCUUGAUGCACUUCAGAACCGGGUCUCUGAGCUUGAACAUGAAACAGCAACUUUCAACCCUCCAGCAGCCUUCAAGGUCUCCAUCCCUGUACGAAACAACUAUAUGUAUGCCCGGAUGAAGAAGAGCUUGCCAGAGCUUUAUGCCUUCACAAUCAGCAUGUGGCUGAAAUCCAAGGGACCAGCAGCAGUGGGCACACCUUUCUCCUACUCAGUACCUGGGCAAGCCAACGAGCUUGUCUUGCUGGUGUGGGGGAAUAAUCCCAUGGAGCUGAUCAUUAAUGACAAGGUGACUCAGCUGCCUAUGACACUAAAGGAUGGGACAUGGCACCACAUCUGCAUUACCUGGAUCACACGGGAUGGCAUAUGGUCAGCGUAUCAAGAUGGUGAAGCACGUGGGGGCAGUGAUAACUUGGCAUCCUGGCAUCCAAUCAAAGCUCAUGGGGUGAUGAUCUUGGGCCAGGAACAGGAUACUUUAGGUGGAAGAUUUGAUGCCACUCAGGCCUUUGUUGGUGAAAUUUCUCAGUUCAACUUGUGGGAUCAUAUUCUGACACCAGCUGAAAUCGUAGGCCUGGCCAACUGCACCCGCCACCUGCAAGGCAACGUUCUCCAGUGGGAUGAAAAAUUGGUUGAGGUCCACGGAGGGGCAGCCAAGUGGAGCUUCAACAUUUGUGAGGACAGGAUGAAGGCAUGA